AUGAACAUUAAUACAUCUCUUAUCUAUCGUUUUGAUGAAAGUGACUUACUCGAUAUCUUGUUCACUUCCAAUACAAAACAUAAGGACUUGAUUGAUCGUCUACUUGGUUGUGCCUAUGGGCAAGCAUUGGGUGAUGCUUAUGGUCUAUCAACUGAAUUUCAGAAGCGUUGUGUAGUAGCGACUAUUUAUCCAGAUGUAACUCAAUUGAUUCCUUUUCCGAAUGAUGUUCAAACUCAACAUUCUGCUCGAUGGAUACGUGGUGAUUGGACAGAUGAUACAGAUCAAUGGUUAUUACUCAUGGAUACUUUAAGUGAAUAUGAUGGUGAUGUGAAAACUUUUGCGAGAAAAUUAAAUAUGUGGAUUCGACAUGGAUUUCCUGAAUUGGACGAUUUUGGAGGUUUAGGAUUGGGUGUCAAUGUAGCUAAGGUUGUUCAAACAGAAGGUUUCUAUGAAAAUCCAUUAGAGGCUAGUCGUAAUGCUUGGGAGAGUACUGAAAGAAAAGCAGCACCAAAUGGUGCUGUUAUGAGAUGUUCGGCAUGUGCAUUCGUUCAUUACAAUAAUAUUGAAAAGGUAAAAUCAACGGCUAUUCAAAUGUGUCAAAUUACUCAUUUUGAUCCACGAUGUGUCGCAUCGUGUGUAGCAGUAUGUCUUGCUAUUGCUUACAUCAUUCAAUCUCCUGAUGUUGAUCUGGAAUCACUCAUUAGUCGUGUUCAACAAGAAACAUUGACUACAUUAGGCGAUGAUCUUUUACCAAUCUAUCAAGAAGAAUUCUUGUGGUAUACUAGCCGAGAUCGAACCUUAGAUGAUCUUCGUCUUGAUGAUGAAAAAGUUAUCGGUUAUACUUUUAAGUGUUUGGCUGCAGGUUUCUAUGGUUUAAGAUCAACACGUUCUUUUCAAGAAACACUGAGCGAUCUAAUUCGACACGGUGGUGAUGCCGAUACUAAUGGAGCUGUAUGUGGAACAAUGUAUGGUGCAAGACAUGGUUAUAAAGCAUUGCCUUAUGAAUGGCUAAGAGCAAUGCCUUAUAAAAAAUGGUUCGAUAACAAAAUUCUUACGCUUCUCAAACGCCAGAAUUUAAUGUAA